UAUUCAGCUGUGCAUCUGUGUGACUGUGUGUGCUGGGAACACCAUUUUUAAUUUUUAUUAAGAAAAUCAAAAUAGGUAUCAGGUCUUUGAUUGGACCUUGGAGCAUAGGGAUAAGCAAAAGGAAAAAACAACAUUUUUCAAACUUUCUGAGAAAACAAUUGUGACUGCACAGCUCUCAUCUUGCGUGUGUGGCCCAGCCCCCCUGUUAGAAGGCGUCCCUCGGGUUCCUUUGAGGGGUCUGUAGCUGGCAGCAGGAUCCCUGACAUCAGUGUUGCUCCCCAGCUGCCUGCUGUCUCCAACCAUGGCUGCACAGCUGGUUGUGGCUCUGCUGGCUUUCAUCUCCCUGAGCGUCUCAUCUGAGCCGGACUGCAAGGAGCUGGUCAAGCCUCUGGUGCUGGACACCCACAGCCCUAUCUAUGGAAAGUGGGUGCUCCAUGUCGGAUCCUGGGACAAGCACGACCUGAAGACCGACCUGCAGUCAGUGCACAGCUCCUGGGUGGAACUGUCCCCCACCACCGACAGCGGGGUCAUCUCCCUGUACUGGGCCGACCGCCUUAAUGAAGACAAGUGCCUUCAGGAUGCAGCGAAUGUCUCCAUAUCAGGAAUAACAAGCCACACCGCGUUUAUAAUCAAUGGUCACACUUCCUAUCAUGAUGGGAAGUAUUAUGAGACAUGCAGCGAUUGCCUCCUGUCUGAGGACACCACCCUUCUCCCUGAUGGCAAAUCAAAGGGCCGAUACCUGUUUCUGUUCACUCGGACUGGUGUUCUGGAGACACCUGAACUGGAAACCUUCAAAAAGCAAGCAGAAUGUCUUGGAUUUCUCCCAGAGUAUCACUUCGUAAGCACAGAUCUGUGCCCGGAUUACAGGGAGAGCAUAUCACCUGGUGUUAGGAAAACAGAGGAGGAUCAAGCUGAGAAUUAGAGCACAGAGAUGUCACAGCUGAGUGGGGAGCCUCUGGGUCCCCACUCAAAUCCAGUUUAACAUUCACUAAACUGCUUUUUCAUGCUGCAAUGUGGUUAAUGGCUAUUAGAUCAACUUUUUUCCAGUUUAGUCUGCACAAUGACAUCUCAUAAAAAUUUAUUUAGUUUUAUUUGUAGGUUGUUUUUUCCCACUCGAUGUAUGUGGUGAAUAAAGUUUUUAAUCUCCCUGAA